CCACAAUAGGUGACUGUUAGUCACAGUGCCUGGAGGGGUCACCUGCUUCAGCUCUGUCCUUCAGAAUGGUACCCUAACAGCUUUGCCCCUACGUGAGACUCUUCCACUGUGCCAAGGAGCCUCAGAAGUAGGGACACACUGGGAGGUGUGGUUGGGACUCUGUGCCUGCCCAAGAAAUACUGCUGCGUCUCUGGAGCCCAAUGAUCAUGAAACCAAGGAUCUUUUCCCAAAGUUUCCUUUGCUGUAGGUCCUUCGGUGGCUCUCUUCCAGACCAUGGAUGUGCAUCUGUUUGACUACGCGGAGCCUGGGAACUACUCCGACAUCAACUGGCCCUGCAACAGCAGUGACUGCAUUGUGGUGGACACGGUGCAGUGCCCCACCAUGCCCAACAAGAGCGUGCUGCUGUACACCCUGUCCUUCAUCUACAUUUUCAUCUUCGUGAUUGGCAUGAUUGCCAACUCCGUGGUGGUCUGGGUGAACAUCCAGGCCAAGACCACAGGCUAUGACACACACUGCUACAUCUUGAACCUGGCCAUUGCAGACCUGUGGGUCGUCAUCACCAUCCCCGUCUGGGUGGUUAGUCUCGUGCAACAUAACCAGUGGCCCAUGGGUGAGCUUACGUGCAAGGUCACACACCUCAUCUUCUCCAUCAACCUUUUCGGGAGCAUCUUCUUCCUCGCCUGCAUGAGCGUGGACCGCUAUCUCUCCAUCACCUACUUCACUAGCACCUCUAUCUAUAAGAAGAAGAUGGCACGCCGUUUUGUCUGUGUCUUGGUGUGGCUCUUGGCCUUCUUUGUGUCCCUGCCUGAUACCUACUACCUGAAGACGGUCACAUCUGCUUCGAACAAUGAGACCUACUGCCGGUCCUUCUACCCCGAGCACAGCAUCAAGGAGUGGCUUAUAGGCAUGGAGCUGGUCUCCGUCAUCUUGGGUUUUGCUGUUCCCUUCACCAUCAUUGCUAUUUUCUACUUCCUGCUCGCCAGAGCCAUGUCAGCAUCAGGUGACCAAGAGAAGCACAGCAGUCGGAAGAUCAUCUUCUCCUACGUGGUGGUCUUCCUGGUGUGUUGGUUGCCGUACCACGCUGUGGUUCUCCUGGACAUCUUCUCCAUCUUACACUACAUCCCGUUCACCUGCCAGCUGGAGAACUUGCUCUUCACGGCGCUGCAUGUCACGCAGUGCCUGUCCCUGGUGCACUGCUGCGUCAACCCGGUGCUCUACAGCUUCAUCAACCGCAACUACAGGUACGAGUUGAUGAAGGCCUUCAUCUUCAAGUACUCAGCCAAGACGGGCCUCACCAAGCUCAUCGACGCCUCCCGAGUGUCAGAGACUGAGUACUCGGCCCUGGAGCAGAACACCAAGUGAUCGCUCUGUAGAGGUCUGGGGAUGUCUGCGUGUGGCAAGUGGGAAGCUGGGCCCUGUGGUUUCUAGAAGAAAGCUAUGUAGCUUUGGGUCCGGUUGCUUGGGUUUCAUGAAGAGAAGAAGGUGCGUGACGACGCUUCCUGUCUCUCCUUCUCCAGGCAAGAUGGCUGUCACCGGGACGCUCACCCUGACAGCUUGCAGCAGGUGGGGCUGUGCUGUGCAGCCAGAGCUGUGUAUUAAAGCCAGCAGCAGCAGGAUAGGCUCAUGGACAUCUGUACAAUAGAACCUUCUGUGUCUCCUCAAGUUUUUACUUGGCGGCUUUUGUAUUUAAGUUUUAAGACUCUAUUUUCUCACUAUGGAUGUACCUUAUAAAUGUAUUUGAAAGUUAAAUAUAUUUUAAAUAUUGUAUGGGAGGUGUUGUAUUCAGACCACGUAGGCCUCAGAUUAGCUGGACUUGAGUUUUGACUAAGGAUGACAUUAAUUGUUAGCUGAUUUGAAAUUAUAUAUAUAUAUAUGAAUAUAUAUGUAUAAAUUUAUGCCAGCCUUGGCUGAAAUGUUUUAUUUACAAUAGUUUUCUAUCUGUGUGGUGUUUUGUGCCUGCACAGGAUAUGGAACAAAAACUGCCCCGCAGUGCAGUUUGUGACAUGAACCGUAUUGUAGAGUUAUGUUUCUGGCUGCAAACCCGUGAACAAAGGGAACAGAGUGUUCUCUUUAUUUGUAAGUUAUUUUUUUAAUAAAGAUUUUUUGUUUCCUAA